UUGUUCCCAAGCCAUCAAGAUAUCGAUUGAAUCAAUUGUCUCUUGAAACAAAAAGUUUAUCAUAAUUCAGAGGUCACGCUUCAUCAAUAACACUAGAUGCCACGCGUUUAUAACAAAUAGUGUUCUGAAGUGGGCAUUCGUUCAUUUUGGUUGACGCGUCUUCGAAUUGUUUUGUCAUCGGAUUCACGUAUAUCUUUUGGUUGGAACACCAGUCACGUGGAACAUUGCGGAAAGCUCUGCUCUGGGGACUGAUAGCUUUCAAAGCCUGGUAGGAAAGCUGGUGAGAUAAGUAAAAUCGGCAUCAUGGACCAUAAAGCCACGAUGGGAAGAAGUAAUGGGAUUGGAGAAAUGAAUUUUGGCAAUACACCACCAGGAGCUUCAAGUUCCGCGGGAAUGGCUGUUGGCGGCGGAAUGGGAGAUCCCCCUGGAAUAUUAAGAGAUUCGGAGCCGAGAAGAUUGAAUACAGAUAUUCCGAAAUAUUUACCUCAUGAGAAGGUUUUUCCAAUUCAGAUCGGGACGGAGCUUUUUCGGUUGAGUGGUGCUAGUUUGAGCUCUGAUGGUAUGUGUUUUUCUUUUCUCAUGCAUCGCGAGAAAGACGACGGACAAUGCAGAUUAGAUCACAAGCUAAGAAACCUAGAGCACCCUCAUACUUUUCCCAAUAUUUUCAAUGUCAAAUGAGGAGAGCGGAAGAAAAUGGAGAAGACCCAAAUACAGCUAUUAGGACCCUGUAUAUUGAUCGUGAUCCGAUUACAUUCAAGGAUAUAUCACUUCAUUUGCAAGGAUAUCAUGUUGCGCCGAGGGAUUCAAGUCAUUUUGUUAAGUUAUUUGCUGAUGCUCAAUUCUAUUCAUGUUGGUCUCCCCCGUCGUCCACGUAAUGAUUGAUGUUAACACGCGCCAGUACCACGAUUAGUGUCUCAGCUAUAUGAAGCAAAUAUAUUUAUAACAGUCGGAAAUGAAGAAUUUCAAAUCCCCCGCGAACUCUUUUCUGAUCCGGGUAAUAGUCCCAACUAUUUCUCCCUGGGCUUCGCUGUUUUCUUCAGCUCUCCUUCGGAAGUGUUCCCUGGCCUAAAUAGGGAGGGGCUUCUCAGACCCCCAUCCAUCCUACCGCCAUCAGUACCCAAUCGCUCCGCAAAAACGUUUUUCGAAAUCCUUCAUCUUCUCCGUGGUUACCCGCUCGAAAUUCGCAGUCCAGAACAUCGUGCCGAACUCUUACGAGAUUGUCGAUAUUUCCAUCUUAAAGGUCUUGAACAAACACUAAUCCCUCAUUCAAUAUCCUAUAAUCUACUGCGCAAUAAAUCAGAAAUUACAAUCCGACUACCAGAUAUCAGACAAUCAGGUCUCUCUAUUUUAACUGAUAAUUCAUUAUCUACUGCCCCUUCUACUGAAACCCUUACUCCUCCAAAUCCGCCCCGACCAUCGAUAGGCUACGUGCAUUACCAACGUCCCUUUGCAGAUUCUGCACCCCACGAGCUUAUUCUCGAAAUAGGUGAUUCGGCCACCUUACUCCAUUGGAAUACUAUGCGCUUAGAAUUCUUUGGAGAAACGAACACCCGGAUAGGUAGAUUAUUGGAGAUUGUUGCUAUGAAAUUGAAUCUACCUGUUAAACAACCAUUAGGUCUAUUGAUGAAGAAUAGCGGUGCAAAUAGUGGGCCGGCUAGCCCGGGGAAGAGUGGAUUGAGUGAGGAGAUGGUUAGGGUGGUUGUCGGGGAUGACUGUGGGGUGGUGUGUGAUGGGAAAGUGGUCGAUAUUGGAGGGACUGUGGAUGAUUCUAGUACUGAUAAUUUAGGAAGUGGUAAGAGGAGAAAAAUAGGAGAUGGGAUGGCAAUCCCUAUGAAUACGAAUACAGGCUUGGGAGCACUGAAAGAUGAAACAUGGAUUAUUAAAUCAGGACAGUGGAGGUUGAGGGUCCAGAGACAUGCGGGUGGAGGGCAGGGAAUGGGAAUGGGAAUGUCGGGAAAUCAAUUGGCGAAUCCGAAGGUGGAGUGGGAAUGUGUAUUGAUGGCUGUGAGAUUGGAUGCUGUUAGUGGAGAGAGGGGAAGGAAUUUGCAGAGGGGGUUUUUGGGGACGUGAGGACGUGAAGACUCAGGAGAGGGGUCUUGUGUGGUAUCGUGGGUAAAUGGGAGUAGUUGAGGCGUGGGUAAAUGGGAGUAGUUGAGGCGUGGAUUUAGAAGGGGUAAUAUGAAGUUUGGUUAGGGUAUAAAGAGGGCGAACAAGAAAAAAUGACGAGAUUAUUGACCUUUUUUUGCGAUGGACGAGCUGUAUCGGACUUCAUUCAAAGCCGCUCUACCCUAAGAAAAGAUAACAAUAUCAGAAAAAGAAAAAGAUAUACUUUAGAUUUAACAACAAACAAGAACUCAUUAAGCUUCUUCUCAAGGAAGACAAUGACCAACUUUACAAUAUCAAUAGUUCAAUUUGAUU